AUGUUUCCUUUGAAGUUUAUUCAAUGUAUUUCCAUUUUCCGAUUACAGAUACAAAAAGUCGUCACGUUUGGAAUCGAAAGAGACGGAAAAACCGAGAAGGACGUACGAGGUUGUCAAAGCGGUCAUCAACGAUGAUUUCGACAAACAGGUGAAUUUGUUUUUCAAUAUUUCAACUCAAGUAAAGUGUCUCAAACUUGCUUUAAAAAAUGUUUUCGAUUUCAGAUGGAAGAAAUCCGAAAUCAGAUGAAAAGCGGCUCAAAUGAACUGCAAACCAAAAUGAAAAUGCUCUCAAAAGGCAUUUUGACGGCGACGGAAGAGGCGAAGUGUCGGGAAAUGGAGGAGAAACGGCGGGUGACGACCGAAAAGGCUUCUGGAGCAUUCGGGUGAGCUCUCUUGACAAAAGCAACAGCUUUGGCAAAGUUUUUGACUCAAAAAUUACGAAAAACAGGGCUGCGCAAAAGACCGGCCCAGGCUUUUUGAAGCCUGCUUGCAAUGAUCCGAUCGGACCCAAACUUUGCAGACUUCUAGGACUUGGAUUGAAGUAUUUUGGGCCCAAGUUUCAGCCCGAUCGGAUCAUCUGGUCCCUCAGGACGCCUGGCCUUGUUUAUCUGGCCCGGCUUGCUUUCAUGCCAUUGCAUAUUAUGUUUACGACCUUUCUCACUCUUUCAGAAAAGCGGAAGAAGAAAAGGCGCGUUGGAAGGCGAGCCGAGACGCGGAAGCGGCCAGGGAAUACGCGAAGAUCGAGGCGGAGAAACAUCUGAAGCGAAAGAAGAUUCUAAUCGCUAAACCCACUGGGGAAACGGUGCUGAAUCAGGAGAAGAUCGAGCCGAAGCGGACAGUCCGCAGAUGGAAACCGCCGCCGCCCGAUCCGAGUGAGUCGAAACAUUUCGGUGUUUCAAGAAAACAGUAAAUAUCGUUAAAAACAAAUUUUAAACGUUGGCAGUUAUAAUGCACAAAAAUGCGAUAAAUUUCCAUUUCGGAUUGCCUUUCCCUCAAAAAACUUCGUUUCCAGACGCCGUCAUUCCCUCGUUCUCCUGCGGUCCCAAAGAGGCGGCCAAACCGAAAACGGUGCCGCCGGAAUCGAAACCGACAUCGAAACCGACGACUCCGACGGCCAGAAGAAAGAACGUGUCGCCUACAGUAACCCGCGAUACUGUAGCAGUGGCCGUGCCCACUGGCACCACGGGAGUGCAGAUUAUUCCGAAGAGCGACGGCGCGGCGGCCACACGGAUCAGGAACAGUGCGAUGGUGAGGAGUACUGUAGGAGUUGAAGUACACGAGAUUAUCGAUUUUUCGUGCGGCACUAGGUCGAUUCUGUCUGCAAUUCGAUAUUCUCACCCUGAGUUACAAUAGUCUAAACGAACAGAUUUUCGCUUUGAAAAUGUUUUAACUAAAUUUUAUCUACUUCCACAACAGUAAAACUUUAAAGAAUAUCAGUAAUUCCUUUCCAGACGGCCGCCCCGAUUACGGUACCUCCACCACCAGCAUCUACAGUAAUGCCGACGGAAUCGCCGAAACCGACGUCGAAAAGAUAUAGUUCGAGACGGAAGACUCAGGAAAUUGUGAACGAAUCGGCGGUCAAACCAAAGGUUGGUUUUGCUGGGAGUUUUAAAAAAAUAGAGGGAAACGUACGUUUCAGAGCAAGCGACGGACUGAGAAGCCGCGCAAAAAACGCUUUAUUCGCGAGGAUCGUGACGCCGAUUUGAUGUUGGGCUUCCAAAAAGAUUCCACUUUUGAACAGGUAUUUUUGUAAACAUUUACAAAAAAUACGCGAUUUUUCUCUUCCGCCACUGAUUUUGUUAGAAAACUGUAUGUGGAGAACGUCUCAAACGUUGAGUUUUAACGGAAAAUGUCUUUUUUCGAUUUUUAUGCAAAAACAGCGAAUUGCCUGAAAAAUCGAUAAUUGCAGCUGGAACGAUUCUUCGAACAAGCGGGCCGAAACCGUCGUUGCCUUGGAAAAUACGAGAAGAUUCGUCGAUUGACGCCGUCGAAAAUAUUCAUCAGCGACCUGACGGACAUUGAUAAAAUCUACAAGUCGUCGGAAAUUCGAGACAUUAUCGCCUCGGUUAACUUGAUUUAUUAAUCUGCUUAUUUUUCUGUAAAUUUGAGUGAAAAUGUUCAUUGUUUGUAAUUAAUAGCCUACAAACUAGAAAAUGAUCUUAUAUACCCUAAGCUAAAGCCCAUUAUAGGGGGCUUUAGCCUAAAAGCUUAAGGCUAAAGCCCCUACAGAAAAGGGGGUUUUUAGACUAAAAAAAAACGUAUAAAACUAUGGCCAUUCCCAUCGUAACCCUCUCCCGAAUGCCCCUAUUCGGAAUGUUCCAGUGGACAGUGUCUGUGCUCGGCUGCGUGCUCAACUUGCUCCUCUGCUACGUGGCCACUUUCCAGAGCCCGCUGCUCAUCCGAACCUAUUCGAUUCUCACCCUCAACUUUGCCGUCACCAACUCACUAUUGUGCGCUGUCAAUUUUUUGCUCCAAGUUCGAUUGAUUUCCAUCGGAAGAACAAUGAUUUUUGUGGCGUACGGACCGAUUUCAUUGCUCGGAAACAAGGCGGCCGAGCUUGGCGAAUAUUUGUGAGUGAAACACAAAGGUGCUUGAAAAAGAAGGAUCCAUUGCUCAGGUACUGCAUCCUGAUCCACCUGUACACGCACGCAAUGUGGCUUCUGUGCGUCUCGUUCGGCUACCGUUUCCGCGUGCUCACUCGUUCGGAGCUCCCCCGCCGAGCCAUGCACUUCCUGCUCUUCCUCGUUUAUUUGCCCUCGUUCAUCCAAUGCAUUCUCCUCAUUUUCGAGUUCUGUGACCCCGAAAUUCUGCGCGAAAAGCUCGAAACGCACCCGUUCGACUACUCGGACGUGCUCGCCGGGCCGACAAUAUUCGGAAUCGAGGACACGAUGGGCUGGAAGUCGUUGUGCACCGUCAUUCACGUCACCGUCCUCAGCUCGCCCAUCGUCGUCUGCAUCUUUGUGCUCCGACGGAAAAUUAUCACGAAACUGGCCGACGCGCAGGGAGCGAGCAAACUCGGCGCCAGGACCACGGCCCUUCAGAUGCAGUUUCUCAGGGUCGGUCGGCACUUUUUUGCGUAUUUUUUUUUGCAGAGCUUGUCUCCAGAGCUGACAAUAUGGGCGUGGCCUCGGUGGCCAAAUGGCGCUUUCAUGAAUUGAGCACGUUUUCUCUGGAUUUUUGUGGUCAAAGGCGAUUAAAAAUGAUUGUUCGGCAUGAAAACACACUAAUUCUCAGUAGUAAUGACGUUUUGGCGCAUUUUUUGCGGACUUUGCUUUUUCGCCUUCGCCGCCGAUCGCCGCCUUCUCAUUUUGCGCUUUCUUGACCGUUUUCCGACAGAAUUGGUUUUGAGAAUGAUAAAUCACGUAAAUGCAAGCAUUUUGAGCGCUCGAAUCGCGAAAACUACCGAAAAGCAACUGAAAUUCACGCAGUUUUGGCCAAAAACCUUCAAACGGAUAAAUGUGAUUUGCGACUUGACCAAAUUUAACGCUCUUGCGCUUAAAAAAUUUGUAAUAGACUAUACAAUCGGUCUAUCGAGAGACAAAUGGAAAAUUAUCGGUUUUUCGUGGCUAAUCUGGCAAAAAAACACAAAUUUUGCUGUUAAAAUUUGAAUUUCGCGCCAAUGUAUUGUUCUAUUGGGCGGGGCGCACUUGCGUGCCCAUUGUCAGCUCUGGAGACCGUGUGCCUAGCUGUUUUAAACGAACCGAUAGUUUCAGGCGCUCACAUUCCAAUCGAUAAUUCCGAUAUUCUACAUCAUCGGCGUCGGCGCCUUCUUCCUCUGUCGUUUCGAAAUCUACCGUGCCCCGUUUCUCGAGUACUUACUUUUCUCGGCCUUCCUCAUGGUGCCUGUGCUCACCCCCGUCUCCUAUUUCGUUUUUGUCACUCCGUAUCGGCGAUGGAUGAUAAAAACGAUGAGAAUGGAAUGGAAGACGAACAGUACGGAGACGCAGAGCAGUCGUGUCGGGACCCGUGUUCAAACUGUCGAAAAUAAAUGA